AGAAUCCGCCGAAAUUUCCAUGACAAGUCGAAUUUUUCAACGAUUCUUCAGUGUUUCGACAAAUUUGAGGAGCCUGGAACGCUGCUUAGCAGUUCCCCGGAGAGAAGAUUGAUGCAAAAAUGAUAUGACUGAAUUGACGACACCCAUCUAUCCUCUGCAGCGGAACUGGUCGUGGUGGUUCUUGAACGAUGAUCGCAACGCGUCUUGGCAGGAUCGUCUGAAAAAGGUGUACACCUUCAACACCGUACCGGAAUUCUGGGCUUUCUACGAAGCUAUCCUUCCACCAAGUGGCCUCAACGAUCUGUGCGAUUACAACGUUUUCCGUGACGAUAUUCAGCCGAAAUGGGAGGCUCCGGAAAACUGGGAUGGUGGACGUUGGCUCAUUAUCAUUAACAAGGGAAAGACUCCCGAAGUGUUGGACGCCGUUUGGCUGGAAAUUCUCUUGGCUUUGAUCGGCGAGCAAUUCGGAAAGGAUAUGGAGUCGAUUUGUGGGCUGGUGUGUAACGUCAGAGGACAGGGAUCGAAGAUCAGCGUCUGGACUAAAAACUGUAAUGAUGAUGAUACUAAUAUGAGGAUUGGAGUUGUGCUGAAGGAGAAGCUGAUGGCCGCGGCAUCCAAGGCACACUCGAAGCCACUGUUCGACGUGAUUCACUACCAAACACAUAGGAAUUGCGUGAAGAAGACCACCUCGGCUCUGAAAUACAAAUUUUCAUUGAAAUCCAUCGUCUAAAUUUAAUGUAAUUUCCUCAAUUUUCCCCUGAGAACCCCGAUUUCCAGAUUUCUCUGUACAUUUUUUAGGUUUUCCGUUGAUUUUUAUUAUUAAAAACUUGAUUUUUGUCCUCAAAUUC